GUCGAUUUGAUGGCUUUACAGGACAAGAAAGUGGGGUUUAUCGGUGCAGGUCAGAUGGCCACAGCUAUAUGCGAGGGAAUUAUAUCGUGUGUUUGAACAUUCUAUCAAAAUCAGUGAACGAUGCGAGCUGGAUUUAUUGGAGCUGGCCGAAUUGGCCAGGUGCUGAGUAAAGCCAUUUUCAGGGCUGGCCUCAUUAGACCAGAGAAUAUUAUUGCCAGUGAUGUUUUUGAUGGAACACUCAACAAAAUUGCGGAGAAUGGAAUCAAGACAACAAAGAAGAACCGUGAAGUCGUUGAGAAGAGUGACCUGAUAUGUAUUGCUGUGAAACCUAAUGUGGUUGUACCCGUUUUAAAAGAGAUCGCUCCUUUUGUUACUGAAAGACAUCUGUUCAUGUCUAUAGCAGCAGGAGUCACUAUAGAAACCAUGGAAAAAAUUUUACCGAAAAAAAGCAGGGUCAUUCGUGUUAUGCCAAAUACUCCAAGUCUGGUGAAGGCUGGUGCUAGUGUAUAUUCACGUGGGAGCCAUGUGAUAGAAGGAGAUGCAGCAAUGGUUGCAGAGUUGUUCUCCAGUGUUGGACUCUGCAUGGAAAGUCCCGAGUACUUAUUGGAUACGGUUACUGGUCUCAGUGGAAGUGGGCCGUCUUAUAUAUUUGUUGCAAUUCAAGCCCUUGCUGAUGGAGGGGUGAAAAUGGGUCUUCCUCGAGAUAUAUCUCUCAAACUUGCAGCUCAAACUGCCAUGGGUGCUGCUAAAAUGGUCCUCGACACAGGCAAACACCCGGAAGAGCUCAAGGAUGCUGUCUGUUCUCCAGCAGGGACGUCUAUCGCUGCCAUUCAUAGCUUGGAGAAGAAUGGUUUCAGAGGCGCGCUAAUCGAUGCAGUAGAAGCAGCUACAAAACGGUCUGCAGAACUCGGCAAAAUCAACGGGAAUGGCGCUGGAAACAAUUGAACAUGAACUCUUCCUGUUCAUUAAUAGUGGUACUGGACAAUAUAUGAUUUUCAGGAUAUUACGACUGAUAACGUUGCGAAAGAUGUCACAUCACAAUGAGUGGUCGGUACCUGAGAUGGGGGCUGAUUCUUGUAGAAUUGACAUCAGUAUGAGCCACCCAGGUCAAAUCUCUGUAAAACUGAUAGCUUGGUUGUGGGGAUGAUUGGUGCUUGAAGUAUAGAUAUUCAGAUUAGAGUAAUACGGCCGUUCAUAUCAAAUCAUGGGUCAGAAUUAUAGCAAUGCAGUUAUACACAAUUAAGUGCCAUAGUGCAGUCAUCAUGCAUACAACUUUGUUGAAACUUAAUAAUCAAUGCAUUUAAUUAAUUCACAUUUACAUCUAAUUUGCGCAAUUAGAAAUUUCAAUUAGAAAUUUCAAAUUAGUAAUGAAUGGCUUUAUAGGCCUCUAAGGUGUAGACUUAUAUAUCAUACCCCGUUUUUUUGGGAAAAUCAGGGUAGACUAGGCUCAAUCUGUCAUGGGCAACAUAACGUGGGCCCUUGCUUUAGUCAGGUGAUUCUUUAUGACUUUGCUACAAGGGCUGCAGGGGCUCAAAUCAGUGAACGCAAGUGAUGCAAGUCUUGAACGAUUGCCAGAUCAUCUCCAAAUUCAUGUCAUAUGUACAUAUAAUAAGGUUACAUGGUAUAAUGCCCACAUUUUUAGUUUCCCAAGGUCAUAUAUGUCAAAUAGUAAUAUUUUGCUUUGUAUGAAUCGAAGUGAGAUUGAGAUUUUUCAGAAUUGAAUUCCUGUAUUCAGAAACAAUUGGAUCGAUAAGUUACUAGGAAAAAAACCUAGGAGGCUGCUCUCUGGAAAACAAAAACAGACUGCCACCUUGCUUGGGACUAGCUGGAACAAAUCUACGAUAUCAAGAUAAAAGAUAAGGAAAUAUCAAAACAUGGUAAGGUAUUUUAUUCGUUCUAUGUUGUUGGGCUAAAAAAUAGACAAUGCUGAUGUUGUGCACAAUAAAGGAAAUCCUAAUA